CCCAAACCUUCACAUUGAGUGUACCUCUUAUAUGAGUGGAGCUCGUGAUGUGUAUUUAAAAUCUCGGUCUAAACUACACGUGUAUUACAUAUCGUAUAUCAAUAGCAUUAGUGACCACACAUUGGGUGAGCCAUGAGUUUACAGACAAUCACUUGUGUGGCGGUGUUGGCAGCGGUGGUGCAACUGAUCGCCGGUGACUGCAAAGUCACUUCCAAGACCUACUCGACCACCGAUGGACUGGUUAUAGCCAAAGUCGCUCACAUCAUCCAAUUCAGCGCACAGUGCGAUAACAAACCCAAAGGUCUAUCACUGUACGCCGACCUCAACGGCCAGACACUGCCUGCCCUACGUUCAGAUGAUGGACCCAAUGGACAGUCGUUAUAUCAGAUCUCGUGGACCGUGGACUUAGAGAAGGCCUCCUCAGGCUAUCACUCGAUCCCCAUCUAUGACGAGGAAGGGUUCGCAGCCCUCCGAAGAGGUCAGAGAGCGGGCGACUCGUCCGCCUCGAAGGCGUUGUUCACUAUAGAGCUGAGCCACUCGUCCCCAUACAAGGGGCCCGUCAUUCAGACAGAACUCGUCGCCACUAUCGCCGCACUCGGACUCUGGUGGACAGCCUAUAGGGCUAAGAGUCGGCUCACUAGCUAAAGGGAACAGUAGUUUUGGUGAAUUUGUGUGAUUUUUUAUGUAUUAAUCGCCCGAAAAGUGGUUUAUUUUUGAAAUUAGUUUUGAACUUAAGUUUAAUAAAAAGUUUUCCUAUUUU